AUGGAGUCUGUCAUACACGCCAUCUUGGCCGCCCAUAACCUCCUCGACAGCUUCCACGAAGCCAGAGACUUCUGGAGCGUCGAGGUGCAGCCCGCAGAAGGCUCAACAGGAUUCUACCUCCCCCUCAUCAUCGCGCGCGACGGCCCCAUCGUCUCCCUCGCCCACUACACCAUCUCCACCUACGACGUCGACUACGACCCGCUCGCUGAAUUCGAGAUCUCCGCCCCCGCUCAAGCUCCCUCCGCUUGGCGAUUGCUUUCCGUCUACCGCUUCCACGCCGGGUUCCUGGCCUUUGAUGAGAAUGGGGCGCAGGGCGAGGCGACGCGGUUUGUGGACGAGUGGGUUGGCCGGUUGAGGGAGCGCGGGUAUAUGGAGAGGAGUAUGGGGAGGAUUGUUUGGAAGGCGGGUGGGGAGGAGAAGGAAAAGGGGAAGGUCGGGGGUGGGAUGCAGACUGGGACGGCGACGGGGACGAAGGCGAGGAUGUAG